AUGAUGUCGGUCAACGCGACGGUCAGGCUGCGCUUCCGCAACCGGGGCACCUUCUUCGGCCUCCACGUCACCGCCGCGCCCUUCCACCUCUUCUUCGACGACCUCACCGUCGCCUCCGGAAACAUGAAGGAGUUCUACCAGGCGCGGAAGAGCGGGCGGGUGGUGACGGUGUCCGUGGUGGGGAAGCAGGUCCCGCUCUACGGCGCGGGCGCCAACCUGCACAGCAAGCCCAACAACGGCCGCCUCGGCCCCGCGGUGGUGCCAGUCAGGCUGGCCUUCGUGCUCCGGGCGCGCGCGCACAUCCUUGGCCUCCUCCUCCGCUCCAAGUUCUACCGCCGGGGCGUCUGCCGCCUCGACGUCCGCGAGGCCCACCUCGGCAAGCCCGUGCCCGGCGUCGCCGCCCACUGCGAGUACCACGACGGGAGGUGA